AUGGCUGGCGAGCUGGAGGGUACCAAGCCUCUGAGCGGGCUGCUGAACGGCCUGGCCCAGGACACUUUCCACGGACACCCGGGCAUCACGGAGGAGCUGCUGCGGAGCCAGCUCUACCCGGAGGUGCCGCCCGAGGAGUUCCGCCCCUUCUUGGCGAAGAUGAGGGGGAUCCUGAAGUCCAUUGCCUCUGCCGACAUGGAUUCCAAUCAGCUGGAGGCAUUCUUGACAGCUCACACCAAAAAGCAAGGUGGCAUCACGGCCGACCAGGCCGCCGUCAUUUCUAAAUUCUGGAAGAGCCACAAGGCGAAGAUCCGGGAGAGCCUCAUGGACCAGAGCCGCUGGGACAACGGACUCCGGCGCCUGAGCUGGAGAGUGGACAGCAAGUCCCAGUCCAGGCACUGUCCUCAGAUACACACGCCCGUGGCCAUAGUGGAGCUGGAAUUGGGCAGAAGCGGACAGGAAUCUGAAUUUCUGUGUUUGGAGUUUGAUGAGGUCAAGGUCAGCCAGGUCCUGAAGAAGCUCUCCGAGGUGGAGGAAAGCCUGAGCUCGCUCAUGCAGCCGGCCUGA